AGGCCAGCGACAGCAAACAACACUUCGGAGCCCUUCGAGGAGGACACUGCAGGGGAAGCUUACAUAAGCCAUUUAAUUUUUCAACCCGAUUCCAUUACUGAGAGCCAACCCGUGAAGGGCGCACAACCCUGAAAUCAGCCGUGAGAGCACACCAUGGCGGCGUCGUCGAGCUCGAGCCUGAUUCUCGAAUCGCGGCCAAAGGAGCCAUACCAGUCCGUCACCUGCCCGUACCCGUCAUGCAAGGCCGCGAUCGAGUACCUGACGCCGCCCGCGUCGACGCUGUCGGCGCUUCCGUCGAGCGACACGUCGUUCAGGGUGACGUGCUGCAGCUGCAAGCAGCGCUUCGAGCCACCUGGAGCGCCACGGAUGGUGCGAGAGGCCCGGCAGAGCAAUGGAAAGGACCGGCCAAAGUCGAACAAGCGCCGCAUCGGCACAGACGAGAAGCCACUCGACAUGACCUACUAUGAUACCUUGGGGCUGCCGGCCAAUGCAACGAUGGACGAGAUCAAAAAAGCGUACAGAAAGUUGGCCAUCAAGCUGCACCCGGACAAGAAUCCAAAUGACCCCGAGGGCGAGGAGCGCUUCAAGACGCUGGCGACGGCCUAUCAGGUUCUUUCGGACCCUGACCUGAGACAUAAGUACAAUGAAUUCGGGGCCUCGACGCCUGGACUUGUGCCCGAGGACGGCUUUGUGGACCCAGAAGAAGUCUUUGGGAGCCUCUUUGGUGGCGCCAGAUUCAAGGACAUCAUUGGGACAAUCAGCAUCGGCAAGGACAUGAAGGAGGCCCUGCAGCAGGACUCGGAGGACCUGGAAAAGCAGGCCGCCGCAGGCGAGGCGGGCGCUGAUGGCAGUGCUGGAGGAGGCCAGGGAUCAGGCACCGAUGUGAGCGCAUCGAGCAAAAAGGACCAGCUCACACCCGAGCAAAAGGCGGCCAAGGAGGAAAAGGAGCGCAAGCGUGAUGCCGAACGAGCGAAGCUGAGAGAGGAGCGCGUGGCAAGGCUGGCAGACAACCUUGUCCGGAAGCUCAGCGUCUUUACCGAGAGCGUCCGCAACGCAAAUGAUACCGAUCUCGAGAGGCAGGUGGCUGAGAGCUUCCGCGAGAUCACACGCAUCGAGGCAGAGGAGCUCAAGAAGGAGAGUUACGGCGUGGAGCUGCUGCAUGCCGUGGCAUUCGUCUAUGGAGCAAAGGCAAAGCACUACCUGGCCUCGACGGGCAUGCUCUGGGGCAUUGGUGGCGUGUUCCACUCCGCCGCCUCGUCGUUCCACGUGGUGCGCGAGACGGUGAGCACGGUGCGCGCUGCGCUGGAGCUCAAGAGCGUGUUCGAGGAGCUGGCAAAGGCGGAAGAGCAGGGGAUCACCGAGGAGCGCAAGAAACAGCUCGAAGAAGAUGCCGCGCAAAAGGGGAUGCGGGCUCUGUUCAAGGGCGCCAAGCUCGAGGUGGAAUCGGUCAUUCGAGAGGUGACAGAGAGGGUCCUGUACGACGCAGGCGUGAACAAGGAGACGCAGCGGUUACGCGCCACUGCCCUCGGCCUUGUUGCAGAGGUGUACAGCUCCGUCAAGCCAGACGUCGAGGCAGACGAGCGAGACUAUGUCCAAAUUGACCCAAAGUAGCCGUCGCUCGCUGCCUCGUGUAUAUCCAUGCUUCACAUAUUUACAAGAGCCAGUCAAUUGCUAGAAAAGCGAUGAAGCGACUGAGCGAGAAAAGAUAGUAAAGAGUACGUGAGCAGAGGGUUCAAGCUGCCGCCGCCAUCAAGCGACGCUUCGGCCGAGCACGGACGAUGUGCUUUGCCCGGUGCUCCCUCUUCUCUUCGGCGUCCAUUGUCUCAUGGCCCUCUCUCCAACAUGCUUCGCAGUACCGAUCAUCGUCGCAGCCCGUGCACU